AAUGAAGUCAGUCUGCGUCCGCCAGUCGUCGCGACGCCGGUACCGAGCGGGGAGCUUCUUUUCAUUCAAUACUUCGUACAACUCGCAGCCUUGUUUCUUUCCCAAAUAUUGUGCUGUUCCAUCAAGUUAUUGCUUAUUUCGUUCCCGAUUCGUUGCGCGCAGUGUUCCUCAUUUUCCGGGCAAAUUGUUUACCCCCUUUUCCACUCUUUGUAACAUUGAAAUUCAAUAUUUACUUCGACAAACGUCCACAAACUCGGCAGGGAGUCUGAAUCAACAACGAAGCUUUCCCGCACCUCUACGCACCCGCGUCAAAGGACAUUGCCGGUGAAUCUCAAGCUCCAGCAGGAUUUCAGUUCAUUUUUUUGGCACCUGGUGCCCCGUAUCCCAUCUGUCGAUGACUCCGAGGAUUCGUCGGGAUAAAUGGAUCGCUGGCGGAUGGCAUACUGCAUAUUAGAAAAUUCUCUUAGUCCGUGAACGUGAGAAGCACUCGUCGGCAGAGAGAAAGCGUGGGCAACGUUACCAAUAUGGGUCCUCUCGCCUCGAGUCUUUUCAAUAUCUGUAAUGCAAACCAUAACAUAAGGAAAAAGAAAAUGAAGAUAAGCAAAGUGGGGAACCAGACGAAUUCGCAAGAUCCACAGGCGGUGAAUUCGCGCGUGUUCGUUGGAAAUCUUAACACUUUUCAAUGCAGUAAGACCGACGUGGAGAGGAUGUUUCAGCGUUACGGGCGACUUGCCGGAAUAUCGAUGCACAAAGGCUAUGCCUUCGUCCAAUUCACAAACCCAUUCGAUGCACGGAGUGCGUGUCUCGGAGAAGAUGGGCGGACGGUCCUCAGUCAAGUUUUGGAUGUUAACAUGGUCGCGGAACCAAAGCCACAUCAAACUGGAAGGAAACGACAGAACAUGACGAAGACCGGAAACGAUUGGGACUACUACUACGACAGUUAUUACGCAUCGACAGCGUUCCCACCGCGAUUAGCACCGCCCUUAAAGAGACAACGGUUGAUGCAACCGGCGAGAUCGCAACAACCGAAACAGCAGAAACCGCAGCCCGUUAUCAACAACACGAGUGUCCCUGAUCUGAGCCAACUCAAAGUUUACAGCAAUCCGGAUAUUCUGAUUUGCGGCAACUGCAGAGAAAUAUACACGGACUUGGGCGAAUUACUCGAACACAAAAGAAAUUAUUGCAAAGUUCGAUUCACUUGUAAAUGCCACUCGAUCAACGAUGCUUUACCAAAAGACUCGACGACAGCACUUUUGUGUGUACUCUGCAAGGAUUCGUUUCCCUCCGCUUGGGAACUGAUGGUCCAUGCACAGGCUGCACAUAUGAUAAAUAUAUACGAACUGGGAAGUCGAUCGCAAAACCUCAGAAGGACACAGAGUCCACUCCGGAGCCCGAAUCAGGCGAUCACAGAAACAACGCCUUCCCAUCGCGAUUUGCAGGGGAACAAGACACUGGACGGUGACGAUCGCGGAGACGACGACGAUUUGGAUGGCCACGAGCUUAUACCAUCUCCGGAUAGUGGAAAAUCAACCGACAACGAGGGGCUUCAGUCGCCAAUAAAAAUCGCCACCGAUAUCAACGAAUCCGAUCACGAAGACUGUGACGAAUUGAUGGAUUUGGAAAAUAAUACUCGAGCUGGUAUAAUCCAUGCCCUGAGCAACAAUUCUUCCUUGGAAUGUAACAUCCCGGAAAGUCCUCGAAGAAGCGAAGAUUCGAUGUUACCAAUGACCAACGGUGGAUCCCUGACCGCCCAAGAUUAAGAGACAUUUCGAAACGAGUGAAAGAAAAAAAAUAACCAAAGAAGAAAAACAAAAACGUUAAGAGUUUAAAUAUCGAUCAAUGAAAAUGCUAAUAUUAAUAGGAAUAAAAUGGUCUUCCCUUCCUGAGGGAUUUCUCGAGCUCCUCCAAAAGGAACAUAUCGACCUUGGAUUUAGGGUCUUAAGAAAGAGAGCAAGAAAAAGAGAGAGAGAGAGAGAGAGAGAGGGGGAAAGGAAAAAAUCGAAGGAGAGAAAACAGAUGGAAAUAAAUAAAAACCCCGCUUGUAAAUAGCUUCGAUGCCACGAGGCAUUAUACGCUAAAACUUUUGUUUGUUAUUAAUUAUACCAGAAAAAAAAAACAAACACUAUGCAUAAUACGAAUCUGUAACUCUGUAGCUGUCAAAAGCAACUUUUACAACAGAUUACCGUUCAUAAUAAUACCAAUAACAAAAGAAAACCGUUACGAAACAACAACAAUAAAACCACAAAAUAAAGAAAAAAAAAAGAUAAAAUAAUAAAUUUAAAAAAACUCUCGCCCGGCAAUCAUAUUGUUCCAGCGACAAAUAUUCUUAUUUGUGCUUCGAAAAGUGUUACAUAUUUUGAGAUACUUGUAACUAGUAUAUAGUUCAUUAUGUCCCCAGGGAUAUUAAGCAUCGACUGUUUUCGGUCGCCCGUCAUGGGCUUUCCGUCACAACCAACCAAAAGGAAUACAUCAUUUGAGAAAAAAAAAUGAAAAAGAAGAGAAAAACCCAACAUAAAUAAAUAAAUAUUUAAGAAAUA